AUGGAAGUUCCUAGGACACGCCAGGAUGGCCUACAUAACGCAGAUCGCAGGGCGAGGGAGCUAUACCGCUACUACCAGCCUGCUUCCCAACCCGAGGCGGUUCCAUCUUGGCUUUCUGCGAACGAUGGAUAUCAUUUCUCUGCAGUUUCAGCCAAUACACUCACUCCACCGAUCUCCGAAGGAUCACUGCCUUCACAUAGUAGUGCGACUUCCCGACCAGCAACCGCAAUGGGCUCGGAUUCUCUCGUUCUGGACACCGCGAACACUACCAUGACGUCAUUUGCCCAGUUAGCGGCCUUGCGCUUGAACGUUGAGCGCGUGUUUAUCUCUGUUUUGGAUCGUGAUCUUCAACACAUCAUUGCCGAAGCUACAAAAUCUCUCAAUUUGAAUGAUCCCACAAUCCAUGACGACAACGAUGGCGUCUGGUUGGGGGCACCCGAUACCCGCAAGACAUGGAGUGUGUGCAAGUGGCUCCUUGAUUUUGACGCCGUUCGACAGGACAUUGUUUCACUGCCCCCCAACGACCGCGAGAAUGCAGACUAUCAAUUUCUAGUUGUGAACGACAUGACCGAAAAUGAACGCUACAAAGACCUUUCCUUCGUUGAAAAGGACCCCAAAUUUCGCUUUUUCGCUGGAACUCCCCUGACGACUGAAAAGAAUAUCAACUUGGGUUGUUUUUUCGUGUUGGAUAAAAAGCCCCGAGAUGGGUUGACACCGCUAGAGAAGGAUACACUGGGAUCUCUAUCAAUGCUUGUGGUGAACUACUUGAAGGUUUGCAGACAGGCUUCCGAAGGACGACGGGCCGCGCGCCUUUCCCGCGGGCUCAGCUAUUUCGUUGAAGGAAGUUCUAGUUUCGUGGAUAGCAUCGACCGGUCUCGCACCAACAGUGUCGGUAUUCCAUCAACAACUCCGCCGUCUUCCUUUAAUCAAAUGAGUGCCUCUGGUGGGUCUGAUGGCUCUCCUGAGUGUCGUGGGAACGGUUCAGACAAAGCAUCGCAAGAGCAAUCCAAUAGUCCACCCAACGACCGAUCACUCAGCACCGACGCGCGUUCCUUCAGCUCUGUCCCCUCCGAUCUGAAAUUGGACUACGAUUCGAAGGGCAGUAGUUCAAGAUUGGGCAGCGGCUCGAAAGUAGAAUCGGGCACUGUAGAGAGCUCUCUGCCAGAAUGGCUGACAAGCAGUAGCCGGAAUCAGCUACCACCCGAUGAUUCACAAGGCAACUCUUGGUGCUUCCGCAGAGCGGCCAAUUUACUUCGGGAGAGUCUUGACUUGAAUGGCGACAGUGGCGUCAUUUUCCUGGAGUCCAACAAUAACCCAUUGAUGGAUGCCGAUACGGGGAGCGAUUGUUCCGAGACAGGCGGACCUGCCUCUGUUCUGUCAGCAUCAACAAAUGAAGAACCAUUUGCUCCCCAGGCAGGGUCGAUGGCCACGUGUGCUGCGGCAAAUUUGGAUCGAUCCUUCCUGCAAUUGUUGCUUCGACGCUACCCCAAAGGAAAGCUAUGGUCUUUUCAUCGCGAUGGGCUCCUCUCGACAUCGGAUGAUGACGACCAACAGCCUCAAGAUAAGGGCCCUCUUGGCACCGGUGCCACCAGUCCGUCCCCACCGAGCGCAGCUGCACAACCUUCAAAGCUCGUGCGAAAACGGCGGAAAGCAGCGGAGAACGCAGUACUGAACCAGUAUUUCCCAAAUGCCGCGCAAAUUAUGUUCGUGCCUUUAUGGAAUGCCGUUUCGUCGCAGUGGUUCGGAGGAUGUUUCUGCUGGAGCACAAUCGAGACCCAGGUGUUCACCACCUCAGUCGAGCUCAGUUCAGUGCUUGGGUUUUCAUCUUCCAUCAUGGCUGAAUAUAGCCGCGUUGAAUCCCUCAUCGCGGAUCGCCAGAAGGGUGAUUUUAUUGGGAGUAUCUCACAUGAACUCCGUAGCCCCCUUCAUGGAAUCCUGGCCGCCGCCGAAUUUUUGAACAGCACCCAUCUCAAUGAAUUCCAGGACUCGUUGCUCGAGACUGUCAAUUCAUGUGGACGAACGUUGCUGGAUACAAUGAACCAGGUACUCGAUUUCAGCAAAGUGGUGUCUUUGGAACGGACAUGGCGGUCAAUGAAACGUAAGAAAGAGUCAGCGGCCAAUUAUAAAGGAUCAGACAAGCUGGCGCAUCACUUGGAUACGUUGGUGGCUACCGAUGUGGCCAUCCUCGCCGAGGAAGUUGUUGAAGGCAUUUGUCUCGGCCAUGUGUACGGGCAGAGCUCUACCGCUUCAGCUGACCUGCCUGUAUUGAUGCCACAUCAAACAAAGUUGCAGACUCAGCGGUCCAACGUCGAAGUUGUUAUUGACGUUUCGUUUCGGGAUUGGGUCUACCGGACUCAGCCGGGCGCUUUGCGGCGCAUCAUUAUGAAUCUUUUUGGAAAUGCUAUGAAAUAUACAGAAUCUGGCCGUGUCACUAUUUCUUUAGCAGCAUCCAGUCAAUCUGAAGGACGAUCUCGCCGGCAAGGCCUCGAAGACUUGGUCACACUAACAGUAACAGACACGGGUAAAGGUAUAUCGGAAGAGUUUUUGCGCGGCAAGCUGUACACGCCCUUUGCUCAGGAAGAUGCCCUGGCCGUCGGUACUGGACUGGGAUUGUCAAUCGUUCGCAGUUUGGUCAAGGCUCUGAAUGGAAGUAUUCGAAUUCGCAGUUGUCCUGGGGAGGGUACUGUCGUAAAGGUAUCGCUCCCUCUAGAGAGGCCCGUUGGUAAGGAAAGUCCGGCCAUACAACCAUCUGGACAGCUUGUUCAACAGCAAGAGACCUUGGCCCAAACUCUUCUACUACGCCAGGGAUACCCUGGUAGACGAGUCUCCAUCUGGGGAGCGGACCCAACAAACGUGACUGCCGACUCUAACUGGUCUGAAAUUGCUCGAUACCUUUCAGACUGGUAUGGCAUGAAGAUCGUCGCAUGGACACCGGAAGCCAAUGUUGACAUUGUGCUUAUGGAUGAAACUGAUUUACCCAACUUCCGCACUAUUGCACCAUCCGCCACUUUGCCUGCUCUUCUCGUCCUAUGUCACAAGUCGGUGGAUUACACCGGGGCAAAAUCCGAGUGGUUGCCUCUUGCUUCCUCCGUCAACAUCAUCCGACGUCCCUGUGGGCCACACAAAUUAGCCCGAAGCGUAAUGAGAUGUCUGACCGAAGACCGAUCGAGAUCCGCGACACCGGUUUCCGCUCUCCAAUCACUCAGUCUACCGCUCAGGACGUCGUCAAUGCCAGCACAACCUGCACUUGGUUCGCCCUACAUGUCCCCCGUGGAUGGUAUUAACGCCCAGGAUCCGGACUGCCACCAAGUCCGCCCCAUGACGAUAUCACCACUGCAACAACCAUCGCUGGUCACCUCAUUGCCCGAGGAAAUUGCAGAAGCCCCGUUACCAGCACCACUGAUAGAAGGUGGAACCAACUCUUCGCGACUGCCACGAGUGCUUGUGGUUGAUGACAAUCGCAUAAACCUCAACCUGAUGAUGACGUUCCUCAAAAGCCGCAAUCUGACGGAGCUGGACCCAGCUGAGAAUGGCAAAUUGGCCGUCGAGGCAGUAGAGCGCAUGCAAAGUGGUUAUGAUAUUAUCUUCAUGGAUAUGUCCAUGCCUGUUAUGAAUGGUUUCGAGGCUACUCGUGCUAUCCGAUCGCUGGAGAGGGAUACGGAUGGCCGCAAGCCAGCUAUCAUCAUUGCCUUGACUGGACUUAGUAGUUCUCGCGAUGAGUCAGAUGCUAUGGCUGCUGGUGUGGACUUAUUCCUCACCAAACCCGUCUCUUUCAAAGAAGUUGCACGGCUACUGGGGGAGUGGGAAAAAGAUCGCAUGGCAACAGAGCGGAAGCUGGCAGGUUGA